UCUGGCCACUGUUCAUAAGUGCGGUCAUGCCUCGAGGUCAGAGGAGUAAGCUCCGUGCCCGUGAGAGACGCCAACAGGCCCGAAGUGAGAGCCGGGCUCUUGCAGAAGCUCAGGCCGCCGCAGCGGUGUGGGAGUCCUCCUCCUCCCCCCUGCCUGUUUCUGAGGGUGCUCCCCCCAACCCCCCGGCAGCAGGUUCUCUCCAGAAGGCUCCCAGGGUCCGGGCCGCCAGCGGACGUGCUGCAGCCACUUCAGGCUUCAGUACUGAUGAAGGUGCCAAGAGCCAAGCGCAGGAAGGGCCAGGCUCGCCCCGGGCCACGCCGUCCCCCGGAAGCGCUCACAGAGAUCCCCUGGGCGAGGAGGUGGGCCUGUCGGUGCAGUUUCUGCGGCACAAGCAUAAAGCGGGAGAGCCCACUGCCCGCAGCAGGCUGCAGAUUACCACCGAGGAGUACCAGGAGCGGUUCCCUGAGAUCCUCCCGAGAGCCACGGAGCGCACGGAGCACGGAGCUGGUCUGGUCGUCGGCCUUGACCUGAAGGAAGUUGACCCCGACAGUCAGCCUUAUGCCUUUGUUAGGAAAGACGAUCUUCCCGUCGAAGGGCGCCUGAGCGAUGGCGUGGGCUUUCCCAAGAAUGGGCUCCUGAUGCCUCUCUUGGGGGUGAUCUUCAUGAAUGACAACCGUACCUCUGAGGAGGAGAUGUGGGAAUUCCUGAAUGUGUUGGGGGUCUAUGCCGGGAGGAGGCACCCGAUCUUUGGGGAGCCCAGGAAGCUCAUCACCAAAGACCUGGUGCAGGGAAAGUGCCUGGAUCCUCGGUACGACUUCCUGUGGGGUCCGAGGGCCCACGCUGAAACCAGCAAAAUGAAGGUCCUAGAGUUUUUGGCCGAAGCCAGCAAAACCGCCCCCAGUGCCUUCCAGGGCCGAUAUGAGGAGGCUGUGAGAGAGGAGGAAGAGCGAGCCCAGGCCAGAGCUGAGGCCAAGGCUGUUGCUGGCGCCUCUUCCAGCAGCGCCUCUCAGCCCUAG